GGGCUUCUUUACCAGGGUGCAGGCUUUGCUUAUCUUAUCUCUGUGCCUCGAUACCUGCAUACUUAUGCGAACGCGGUCCACGCCAUUGCGACGCGUCUUCCAAAGCAAUAUUUAAUCCUCUUCUCAAGUCGAUUGAAAACACAUAUUAUUAUAUCAUCUUCGGUGUAUGAUCGUCUUGUUACCCUACCACUGGCGAUGCAUUCAACGGCGAAAUAGACCCAUGUGUGUGGUCUGCAGAACACGACUUCUACAACAGUCCACACAAAGCACAUAAAGAGCCGCCUAGCCACGGAAUAGAUGGAGCAUCCGUAAGUGCUCCAGACUGUUUCACGAGCCAAUGUCUCUGACUCAUGUUAUAGUCUUGAACUCGGACCGCCCACCAUGAGACCAGAGCGCAAACAUCCGUUGCGGACUUACUCGCGGCGCGUGCAACUAGAAACGGUGCCCGAUGCGCCAACAAAGAGGCGGAAAAUAGAGCAGUCUGAAUCAGACGCUGUCAGGCUGCCAGCCGGAUCUGAUCCGCCUCGUCUUCCAGAGCUUCCUAAGCCAGAGCCAGCGAAGCGCGGGUCGAUACUGUCUUUCUUCAAGCCACUCAAUUCGAGCUCCAGCGCCGCGACUCCAUGCACCACCUCCGACCCGACAGACCCUGUGUCUACUCCCCCCUCAUCACCGCCCGUGCUUGCAAAGGCGCGAAAACGAAGGCGGCUCACCACCCGUCCGGGCCUGGAAACUAGCGAUACUUCUGAAGGGCCAGGAUCUGCACCUGAUGAUCCAGGAGGUGGAGAGGACAAUCAUUCAGACCGGGCCGUCCCUGCUGCAUGUGGUGAUGCUCGCCUCUCCCGGGGCAGCCGGACAGAUCAGGCGAAGGAUGGUAUAGUGGAGAGGGGUCCCAAUCUCGGACCCACGAAGGGAGAGCAGAUCGCCCUACGGGAAACAAAACCAGGGUCUUUGAGUGCGGAAGAAGCAUUGACUGAUGCCAAGGACGGCUCCGGAACGACAAAACGUCGGGCUAGGUGGCGCGCAAACCAAGCCAAGGUGCAGACUACUCUAAGCCUGUCCCUCAAGGACGAACCUGGGUUUAGGAUAUGUAACGAUUGUGGGAUGUUGUAUAACCCUCUAAACGAGAAGGAUAGGAAGGACCAUGCACGCCGGCAUGCCGCAUCUCUGCGGAAGAGAAAUGCGGGACUACCCACUGGAUACAACAAUGGCAUUCAGGAAUAGCAUUUGGGAAUGAUCAAGGCCAUGGUUAGGCCACGAUUAGGACAUGAUUGCAUACAGGCAGAUCGUGCCUUGAGAGCAGGCGAUCAGGAUUGCGUAUCUUGGGGCGGAUGAUGACUUUUGUAAGCUUGGGCGUGCAUUUGCUGCUCCGCUCCCCACAUGAAUAAGCUUUUGGUGCCAAAAUAUACCUACAAGUGGUUCCGUUC